ACCAAAGCACCGAUUACAGAGGACGCAGCAUUUACUUGCAGGCGACAUUAAAGUGGAUUUACUGAACACCUGCAUGGGGACACUGUGAGCUUUUAUUCGUUUUUUUCUCUUUUUGUCGUCUGCUGGGAAACAAAUUGGAAACUGGAAUGGAACUGAAUCUGUCGAAGAAUGUGAUUUCCUGUGGGGACCCAGGUGGGAUGAAUUUGGACAGAAUCUCAGAGGCUGUGAGAGCACCGCCGCCCCGCGACGUGGCCGCCGCGUUUCAUUUACAGAGAACUUCAAACAGCAGAGAAACUUUAGAGAACUCAAGCAGCGAGUCUUCAGACACAGAGUUGGCAGAAAAGGAUAGGAGCGCAGAGCACAGGAGCGAUGACGGGAACCCGGACGACCCCAAGAAGAAGAAGCAGCGACGACAGCGGACUCACUUCACCAGUCAGCAGUUGCAGGAGCUCGAAGCCACUUUUCAGAGGAACCGCUACCCGGAUAUGAGCACCAGGGAAGAGAUUGCCGUGUGGACGAACCUGACCGAGGCCAGAGUGCGGGUGUGGUUCAAAAACCGCCGGGCCAAGUGGAGGAAGCGGGAGCGGAACCAGCAGAUGGACCUGUGCAAAAACAGCUACUUGCCGCAGUUCAGCGGCCUCAUGCAGCCGUAUGACGACAUGUACCCGGCUUAUACCUACAACAACUGGACCAAUAAGGGCCUCACCCCUGCGCCGCUGUCUACCAAAAACUUCACGUUCUUCAACUCCAUGAGUCCCCUCACCUCGCAGUCCAUGUUUUCAGCACCCAACUCUAUCUCUUCCAUGACUAUGGCGUCCGGGAUGGGUCAUUCCGCAGUGCCGGGUAUGCCCACCCCGGGGCUCAACAACAUCAGUAACCUGAACGGGAUCGGAACGUCCGGCAUCAACUCAGCCAUGUCGUCAUCCACUUGCCCGUAUGGGCCUCCCGGCUCUCCGUACAGCGUUUACCGGGACACUUGCAACUCCAGUCUGGCCACUCUGAGACUCAAGUCCAAACAACAUCCAACAUUUGGAUACAGCGGCCUCCAGAGCCCCGGCUCCAGCCUGAACGCGUGUCAGUACAACAGCUGACGGGCAAAAUGCGGGACUUAAAUGUUGCAAAUCUAAAUAAAUAUAUAGCCUGUGUUUGUGAUGCACGGACACGGGGUCCGAUCCCCGUGAGCUGCCUGCGGAUGAGAAAGAAAUCAAAGACAACUGAACUGGAUUAGUUGCAAUCAGUUUAAAAAAAAAGAGAUAAAAGUGGAUUAUGCGGGUUACAUGUGUUUACCAGUGAACUUGCACAGCAAUUUAAAUGUCCAGGUGUUUUUGAUUUUUUUUUUAACUAUGAAGACGUGUUACAUUGCUGCAUUGUAAAUAUAUAAAUGUAAAUAUAUAUAUAUACAGGUUUUAACAUAUAAAACAGACGAUGGGAUUUUUUCUUUUUUGUGAUUAUAGCUUGUUUUUAAAGACUGAGUGGGAGGGAUCUAUGCCAAACAAGGAUCUGAAAAAAAAAAGUAAAAGUGUGACUAUAUGAGCAUAAUGAAACCAAAUUCAAUGCGAAGAGGGAAGAAAUUUUGCCUUUGUACAUAUUUUAUACUGCUUUCUGUGCUUUCUGUUUACAUGCAGGGUGCCACCGGCCCGUUUGACUACAUGACGCCCGCGGUUUAAAUUGCUUUUCAUUUUGUUUGUUGGAAAAAAAAAGAAAAAAAAGACGCAUGUUUAACUUGAC